AUGUCCGAUCUCACCAGUAAACGUGGAAUUCCUUCGAUGGAAGUUGUGGAAGAUGUAGAAAGUUGGCUAACGAAAGAAAAAAUGUCGGUAGAAGAAGCUGUUAAAAUCAUGGAUGAGAAGUACAAAAAGUAUAAAUAUAUUGAGAACUCUAUGCGUCAACAGAAACAUAGAUUGGAUGAAAAAAUCCCUGAGUUCCAGAACAGUUUGGGCAUUCUUUCUGUGCUAGAGCAGAAGAAGGAAAAGGGAGAACCUUUCGAAACUACUUUCCUCCUUGCUGAAGAAGUAUACUCGAAGGCUAAAGUUACCAAUCCCGAAAAGGUCGGUAUUUGGCUAGGAGCUAACGUAAUGGUUGAGUAUGAGCUAGAGAAGGCUCGCGAAAUUCUUGAGAAAAAUAAAAAUACUGUGGACAGUCAAAUUUCCGAGCUGACCGUGGAGUUGGACUAUGUUAAAGAUCAAAUCACUACUACUGAGGUGAAUAUUGCACACAUCUACAACUAUGGAAUCCGAAAGAGACAAGAAGCUGCUUCUGCUUAA